AAGCUGUUUGGCUCAAGUGCAUUUUGAAGUUUGAUUCAACUUCAGCACAUGGCGAAACAGCCUGCGCUUUCCAGGGUUGCGGCCAAGCUGUGGCUGUUAGGAUGAGGCUGAAGGUCUGCAUCUUUUUCACUGCCACGGCUUGGGGCCUGUCCCUGGCGGACUUUCGGGCAUUGCUGCAAGAUGGCUAUGCGAACAGCACUGAUGCAGUGUUCCUGUCGAGUCUCAUGGAUGCUUCAUCAAACGGCGCGGUGGACCUACAGGAGUUUCAAGCAUGGUCCUGGCAGCAUCUGGCUUUGUCACCUUCGCUGCUUGAGCCGGUGUUCUCGGACCUCGACUUUUGCCAAGCAGGUGAGCUUCAACCGAGUCAUUUGGACAUGCUGAUUCAGACUCCCAGCGUGGUUCUUCUCCGUGCGCUGCUGGCGUCGAGAUUUCAGCAGCACGAGUAUGCCACUUUGGCAGCUGCGGAUCUCGAUGACGACGGCGCCCUCUCCGCUGAGGAGUUUCGCCUCUUCUUGGAGGAUCUGUCCAUUGGCGCGCAAGAUGCUGCCGCGCUGUUCGCCCUGCUGGAUUCCGACGGCUCCGGCACGAUGAUGCACAGCGAGCUGGCUGCCGCCUCCGCGGGCGAGCCGGGGCUUUUGGAGUUCCGGAGGCUCGCGACCUGGACGUUUGCCAGCCCAGAAGAAAGCUUUCUCCUUGCUGAUGCGGAUGGGAAUGGCUGGAUCUCUGAGCCGGAGCUUCAUCGUUUGGGCUGCCAGUGGCUGGCGCUGAAGGGCAACGUCACCACGCGCAUUUUCCAGGCCAUGGAUCUGGCCUCCUUCGGCCAGGUCUCCUUUGAGGACUCGGGCCUGGCCCUGGGCGUGGUGCAGGUCCGAGGCUUCCGCACGCUCCUGCACUCGGUCUUUACUGCUCCGAUGGAGGCCUUCCUAACCUAUGACGAUGGAGAUCAGCUGCUCCAGCACGAAGAGUUCGAGAAAAUGGCUGCAGCGCUGGCCAUUGGCAGCAACAACUCGGCCCAGCUAUUUGCAUUGUUGGCGAGCCGUGGUGUGCCUGUGGUGCACAUGGACAUCUUCCUGAUGGCGAGCAACGGCCUGGCACAGCUGCGGACCAUCGUCAGGGAGAGUUAUGUGGACCUGCGGAGCGCCUUGCUGGACAUUGAUACGGAGCCACCCUGGAAUGAGGUCUCGCUGGAGGAGUUCCGGGCUUGGUGCGAGCGCCUGCAGCUGCCGGCUGAGCUGGUGCCGGACCUCUUCAUGGAGCUAGACACGCGCAAGGAAGGGAAGCUUUUGCCCUCGCACUUCCAGAUGCUGCUGGCCGCGCAGCUGGACGCCCGAGCCUUUGGGCAGCUGGUUGCCUCGGCCCUCUCGCUGGGCCUGGCUUUUGAGAAGGCAGAUGCUGACGGCGAUGGCUUUGCGUCUCUGGAGGAGCUGAUCCAGCUGGCAUGGCCUUUGGGAAUCAGAUCUGCGGAUGUGGCCAAGUUCUUCACAGAUCUGGAUAUUGACAAAGUGGGGUAUCUCAGCAGAGUCCAGUUCGAAGUGAUGUCCGAGCCAUUCCGCGCCGUGACGCUGAGCAAUUCGGAAGCAGAGCAGGACCCUAUCCACAUGUACGAGAUACGGCUCUAUGAAGAUGAUUCCUGCCUCUCUGCGAUCUCUUGCGAAGUGCCUAUUUCCAGUGGCCAUUUCCGCUCGAACCAGGACAGCGACUUCAGCGCGGGCUAUUCGUUCGAUGGCAACGCCUCGACCCGAUGGACUUCGCAAUGUGGGCCUUGCAGGCCGGAAGCCGCCUGGAUCGGCUGCAAGUUUGCGGAGGUGGUCGAGGUUCGGUGCCUGCAGCUGGUCCAGACCGGCGUGCAGGACUUGGGGGCGUCAGUCGCGCUGCACUUGCAGAUCUGGAACGGCAAAUCCUGGGAUCAGCUGGCUGACAUCGCCAAGCCAGCUGAGUGGGAGCUCUCGAACGGGGCCUUCACUUUCAAGCCCUUGGGCUCAGCGACCAGCACCUCCAGGCUCGCAGCGGCGGAGGAGGAGGGGUUCGAAGAGCUCUUCGGCGUCUCCUUGCCGGUUUUGGCCUCCAUCUGCGCGGGGGUGGGCAUUUGUGGCCUCCUUUGCCUCUGCGUCUUGUGCCCGAUCUUCAUGAGACCUGCCUGUCUGGACUACUUGCGAGUGAACGCGCCUGAGCGUGUGGAUGCGAGGAGGGCCAAGAAAAUGGACAACGUGCAAAAGGUCAAGCAGGAGGUCAAAGAGCUCGAGGAGAAAGUGCAGGCCGGCGCUGUGACUUUGGACGAGUGGGGCAUGCCCCACAAAGUGAAGCAUGACGAACAGAAAGCGCUGGAGCGACAACUGGACAAGAAGAGAAGGCAGCAGGCAAAAUACGAGGUAGCCGCCUCCGCAGGCGACGCGAAGGACGCUCAGUCAGAGCGGAUGACCGAGAAGCAGCAGGCAGAGCUGGAACGUUACAAGCGGAUGAAGGAGGCGUAUGAGCCGAAGACGAUCGCCGUUGAUGGGGUGGCCUUGCGUGCACCUGAGUCAGUACUAUUGGAGCUUGGCUUCGAGCCAGAGAUGAUCGAAGCCUUUGCCAUGCCUGGCUUUUCCAGCGUGGAUGCAAAUCCUGAUGAGCCAGAAGAGGAUGAGAAUGCUGAGGAGGAGGAGGAAGAGGACGAUGAAGAUGAGGACGAGGAGGAGGUCCCGACCAUGACACCCUCAAAGUACGACGAUGGAAGGGUAACAAUUCCAGCCAUGCUUGAUGAGGCCCCCGCCAUUUUUAAAGAUGGCACGCGGCUCAUGCGCCGCGGCGCUAUGGCCGGUGUGGAGGAGGGCAAGCCCAUGGACCCGGAGGAGCUGAAGCGAGCGAUGCGGAAGGCCGCGGGCUUGAAGGGCGCCGAGAUUGUAGAGGAUGAUGUGGAGAAGUGGAUCUCUCAACGUGCCGAACGCGGUGCCAAAGUCUUGGAUUGGGAGGCAGUGGAGGUGGAUAAGGACGCGUUGCAGAAGGAACGGAACAAAGAAGCCAUCAUCAGCAACAUCAACAAGACCCGCCUGCGGGCGUUGGCGGAAGGUGACAGAAAGGAGCUGGCAGCCGAGCUCGAUGCUGGCGCGGACUCUGGUGAGGAGGACCUGGAGCAGAGAUUGGCGAGGGCAGCUGCCCAAACAGAGAACUUGACGAUGACCGUCUUCCAAAAAGAACGUGAGGACGCGGGCCGCGGGUCAGGCCAAGGGCGCAGCAAAUGGAAGGAGGAGAUGGGUUCCCUGGCGCGGGGCAAGUCGAGCAAGUCGGAGAUUUCCUUGGCGCGGGGCAAGACAAAGGAAGAGGCGGCGCUGGUCAAAGGCAAGUCGAAGGAGUUUGCCAGCGGCAAGUCGAAGGAGUUGGCCAGCGGCAAGUCAAAGGAGGACAUGGGCGCCAUGAAACCAGAGGCAAAGGAAGACCUCAGGCGAGGCAAGUCCAAGGAGGUGCACUCCGCAGUUCCAGUGAAAAACAAGUCCAAAGAGGAUGUGCACGCUGCAGCAAUGGCAGCAGCAGAGGCUGCAGAGGUGGCUGCAGAAGAAGCUGAGGCAGAGGCAGAGGCAGCGGCAGCGGCGUUGAAGAAGUUGGAGCAGGGAGAGGUUGGACCAGCCCAGGAGGACCAGGCGCCGCAACCGUACGGGGGCGAGGUCUUUGCUGGGAUGCCGGUCAUCCCUCGCGGUUUGGGCACGCCGCGGCGUGACAUGCUGGCAGGUGAGGUCUACCGGAGCUCUUUGGAUGCGCCACUGGCCGACAUGGGCGAUGGUCUGCAGUGGGGCCGCUUUUUGCAAGCGAAGCCGCACUUUCGGACUGCAGAGGAGAUUGCGGCGGCCAAUGCCCCCAAGCCCAAAGCCAAAGCAGAGCCGAAGCCGCCAGAGAUCGACCCAGAACGCAGCGACCGCGUUGACCGCGGAAUCAUGCGAAUUCUCCGCAUCUUCCGGCGGAGAACCACAGGGAGCACGAGCCCGAGCCCGAGCGACGCCCCGCCGCGCCGCUUCGCGCGGCUGCGGAACUUGCGGAGCUUGCGGCUCGGGGCUCUGAGGCCCAAACUGCGUCUGCCGUGGCGCAAGCCACAGGCCCCACCAGCCACGGAUCCGAGCCCCUGAAGCAACACGCAUGAGGGCACAGCAUGCAGCUGCUCGUGUAUGCAAUGAACCUGAGCGCGCAUGCAAAACCGCUUUUUGCCGACUGGCAGGCCGUCCAAGAUGGCUAUGCCUUUGGCAAUGCAGAGCAUGGGAGGGAGGUGAAGGUUCCUCCCUGACCCUAACAUGGGUCUGUUAAUGAACGUUGGAUGCUGUGGCUUGCCAAAGGCCAGCAUCCAUGCGGCCAACCGCAAACGGAUAACGUCUUGGAAGUGGGCGCUGCCAAACCAGGUGAUUUGAGCAGGCGCGUUUGAUUUGGAUUUGGCAGUCAGCCCAAGUUGCAUGUACAUAGCACUCAGGUGUGGAGUGGCCAGCCGAGUCGCCCCACGAACUUCCGAGCCAGAGACAUGUGAGCGUCCAGAGGACUCCCGUGGCAAAGUAGCAGGCAACUCAUGGAGCACAUUGCGCACCAACACGGAAGACGCACCACUCGCGCCGAAGUGCGAAAGGU